AUGAGCACAGCAUCUAUCUCGUCGGUCCGUGUUGCCGUCACCCAGGCAGAGCCCGUGUGGCUGGAUCUCGAGGCAACGGUCACCAAAACAUGUACCCUCAUCGCAGAGGCUGCCCGGAACGGUGCUCAGUUGGUGACCUUUCCCGAGUGUUGGAUUCCAGGAUAUCCUGCUUGGAUCUGGUCCCGCCCAGUCGAUAUGGACUUGACGUCUCUCUACAUGCAGAAUUCCUUAAAGGUAGAUUCACCGCAGAUGGCGACCAUCCAACAAUGCGCAGCGGAGAACAACAUCGUCGUGGUUCUCGGAUUCUCAGAGAACAUCCACAACUCCCUCUAUAUCGCCCAGGCGAUCAUCGGCUGUGACGGCCAGAUCCUCACUCUCCGCAAAAAGAUCAAGGCCACUCAUAUGGAACGAACUAUCUUCGGCGAUUCCUUCGGCGAUUGUCUGAAUAGUGUCGUCGACACUUCCGCUGGUCGAGUCGGUGCUUUAUCCUGUUGGGAGCACAUCCAGCCCCUCCUCAAGUACCACACGUACUCGCAGCGCGAACAAAUCCACGUUGCCGCCUGGCCACCUCUUUUCGACGAUGACCGGAAGGACUGUCUAUUCUCCAUGUCCCGUGAAGGCACCAUCGCUAUCGCCCAGACAUAUGCCAUUGAAUCCCAGUCCUUCGUUCUCCACACCACUGCGGUGAUUAGCCAAGAGGGAAUCGACAAAAUGAAGACCGCCACAGGAUCCAUCAUGAAUACCCCCGGGGGUGGUAGUUCCACUAUCUUUGGCCCCGACGGUCGUCUUCUUUCACAGCCGAUCCCCGCCACAGAAGAAGGCAUCGUCUAUGCCGAUCUCGAUCUCACUCAAAUCCAAAGGGCCAGAGCCUUUGUCGAUCUUUGCGGACAUUAUAGCCGGCCUGAUCUGCUCUGGCUGGGCGUGGACGCUCGUGAGAAGCGCCACGUGCGGGAAUGGAAUACCACUGAGUCUAGAUCAUAG